CUUUGCGUAUCGUCAGUAUCCGAAAUAAGGUUCGUUCAUCACAACCGAUUCGGCAAAUAGAGUAGUGCAAAGAUGAGACCACUUUACUUUCUACUGCUAGUAUUUGCUGUGGGUCCACAAACCCUUACGGCAUGUGCUGAUCGUAGAAGACCGGAUUGUUCAUCGCAUAGUUCUGGGGAACUUCUGCCGGACGAACAUAGCUGCUAUCGUUACUACAUCUGCAGACGUGGCAGAGCUAUAGCGCGUAGAUGUCGCAGGGGAUUGCAAUUUGAUUUUGAGACUAAAGCUUGUACAUUCCCUGAACUUGCUAAGUGUUAUGUAAAUCGGGAAACACAUCAUAAUGAUGAUGGAGAAAAAGAGUACCCCUUUUAUUUUCCGGAACCAUUUGAAGAACCAUCAUGUAUAACAACACCACCGCCGUGCGUUACAACACCACCGUGUGAUACAACACCACCGUGUGAUACAACACCAACACCAUGUGUAACAACACCAACACCAUGCAUAACAACACCCACACCAUGUAUAACAACACCAACACCGUGCGUUACAACACCACCAUGUGACACACCAACGCCAACACCGUGUGCUACGCCAGAACCAACACCCUGUGCAACACCAGAGCCAACUAUAAUAACAACAACAAAAACCACAACUACCAAGGCAACAACCCCAAAGGCAACUACCACCAAAACCACCACUACAAAGACGACAACCACAAAAACUACAACAACUACGUGUGAACCAGAAACAACUACGGCACCCUGCACAACACCAACGCCAACACCCUGCACUUGCAAGCCUGCAACACCUACACCAUGCGAAACCACACCAAAUACGACACCCUGCACAACUACAACAACCCCAAAGGCAACCACCACCAAAACCACCACUACAAAGACGACAACCACAAAGACUACAACAACAACGUGUAAACCAGAAACAACUACGGCACCCUGCACUACACCAACGCCAACACCAUGCACGUGCAAGCCCACAACAUCUAUACCAUGUGAAACUACACCAACUACGCCACCCUGCACAACUCCAACAACCACAAAGUCAACCACCACCAAAUCCACCACUACAAAGACGACAACCACAAAGACUACAACAACAACGUGCAAAACAGAAACAACUACGGCACCCUGCACUACACCAACGCCAACACCGUGCAUAACAACACCAACGCCAUGCAUAACCACACCCACACCGUGCAUAACAACACCAACACCAUGUACAACAACAGCACCGCCUUGUGAAACCACAACAGAACCGUGUGUAACAACGCCAUGUGCAACAGCGGAAAUUUUGUGGCAAUACGAUGAUAACGACGACGAAGACUGUGAUGAGAGUGAUGCAUCCAUUGUACGUGUUUACACUUCCCAAAAUGAUUGCGUCAACUUGCGCGAUGGUACUUAUCUCGUAGAUCGCAGAUUUUGUCACCGCUUCUACGUGUGCCUCAACGGAUCUGCACAGCAAUUGAGAUGUCCGCUCGGCUUCCACUUUGAUAGAGACGUGAAGAGUUGCCGUCCUCGCCGCGAGGUGACAAACUGUCGAUAUAUCUGGCCCUGAAUUAAAUACUCUCCAAACACUAUCCUUAUUAAAUAUUACGCGCACAUAAAAUAAUCUGUUCUAAACUUGUUAUCCGCUGCAGCAGCUGCAGAAUAUGUGUAUUAUAAAAAGAGCAUUCCAAAAAUCCAA